AUUUGUAUUCCCCUCGUCUCUUUCUUUGUGUGACUUGCUUCAAUACCACCUUUUCUUUCCUAGCCCUUUAAAUCUUCUUCAAAACUUGGGCACAUUUCUUCACUACCCAAACAAGAAGCAUAUUACAACUCAGAAGAAGACAUUAGCCCUCUUCCCCAUCAACAAAUUCAAAAGAAAAAAGGAACAAAAAAGAUUACAAAGUAGUAAUAAAAAAUGAAGGGUUAUUCAGCAGCUUGCAUGGUCCUCACAUUGCUUCUCAUUUCCAUAUCAUUUCCAGUUUCCGUACCCGCUAGACGAAUUGGAAAGCCGCAUUCACGUCAUGGGCAUCACCAUGCAACAACAGUAGUGGGGAAUGUUAUUAGAAAAGAUGAAGCAUUUGUGAAAGUACCAGAAAAUUCUUGGGACACAACAAAGAGGGGCGGAAUGAUACACAAAAGAGCAGACACACUACAAAUAGCCGGGUCGAGUCUGCCCGAUUGUUCUCAUGCCUGUGGAUCAUGCAAUCCAUGUCGGUUGGUGAUGGUCAGCUUCGUUUGUGCUUCACUUGAAGAGGCUGAGACUUGUCCCAUGGCUUAUAAAUGCAUGUGCCGUAACAAGUCCUAUCCUGUCCCAUGAAUGAACCAGAAAAUUUGUGACCCUAAUGUUCAUUACUUAGGGUAGAUUUUGUUAGUCGACAUUGACAAAUGUUGCUACUCUUUUCUUCUUCUUCUUCUUCUUCCUUUUUUUUUUUGGGUGUUUUUCCCCCUUUAUCUUCCAUUUGUAAAGUUUUGUAGUAGUCUGAGUUAAAUUAAUUUGGUUCUCUCCUUGUUAUAAUUUCUUAUUUUCUUCCAUUUAGUUCUUCUUUUGAUUUUUUUGACCUUUGAAUUUGCUUUCUUGACCUUUGAAUAUGCUCCCUC